AUCUCCCUGUUAUUGCCUAGAGAACCAGCUGGCUGCGGCGGAGGGAAGGAGGAGGAGGAGGUAACUGCCUGAAUCCCAGCAGGCCUGUCCAACCCUAGCAGCAGGAAGGAGAGAAUUUGUGCAGAUCCAAAUCUACAGGACUGAGUGCACUUGGAGGCUACAAAGAGAAAAAAGCAAUUGCAUCAACCCAUGUUUGUGCAUUGAGGACACCACUUCCCCAAGACAUAUGGUCCCCCUGUAUCAGCAGUUGCAACAUAGACUGCCCUCAGCAGCUGAAGACUUCACCUUCUAUUUGGAAGAAUUUUUCUGGGCCAGAGCAAGCCUGCUCUGUGCUGGGUUAAGGGAUUCACCUCAGCUGUACCAUGGGCAGAACUAGGGAAGCUGGCUGUGUAGCAGCUGGCAUGGUCAUCGGGGCUGGUGCCUGCUACUGUGUAUACAGACUGACCUGGGGAAAAGAUGAGAAUGAGAAAAUCUGGGAUGAUGAUGAUGAUGAUGAUGAAGAAGAAGAAGAAGAAGAAGAAGAAGAAGAAGAAGAAUCUAGUGACAUAUCAGAAAUUGGGGUGGAGCCUGAUAAAGGAUCUAAGACUAAUAUUGGAGUGAGGGCUGGAACCCAAUCUCCGGGUGACAUAGAGGCCAGGCCUGAGGUAAACUUGGGUCCUGAAAGUGAUCCAGGUGUAAAGAAGGAGGCUCACUUGGGAUCCCAGAGUGGAGGUGGCCUAGAGGCUAAGGCCAAGGCCCUUUUUAAUAUCCUGAAGGAACAGGCAAGUGCAAAGGCAGGCAAAGGGGUUAGAGUUGGCAACAUCUCUGGAAAUAGGACCCUUGCACCGAGUUUGCCCUGCCCAGGAGGCAGGGGUGGAGGCUGCCACCCCACCAAGGCUAGGGCUGGGAGCAGGUCAAGUGGAAAAUCCAAGGGAAAGUCACGAAGCAAGAGCACCAGGGUUCCAGCUACAACAUGGCCUGUCCGCAGGGGCAAGUUCAACUUUCCCUAUAAAAUUGAUGAUAUUCUGAGUGCUCCCGACCUUCAAAAGGUCCUUAAUAUCCUGGAGAGAACAAAUGAUCCUUUUAUUCAAGAAGUAGCCUUGGUCACUCUGGGUAAUAAUGCGGCAUAUUCAUUUAACCAAAAUGCCAUACGUGAAUUAGGUGGUGUCCCUAUUAUUGCAAAACUGAUAAAAACAAAAGAUCCCAUUAUUAGGGAAAAGACUUACAAUGCCCUUAAUAACUUGAGUGUGAAUGCAGAAAAUCAGGGCAAGAUUAAGACAUACAUCAGUCAAGUAUGUGAUGACACCAUGGUCUGUCGCCUGGACUCAGCUGUGCAAAUGGCUGGACUAAGACUGUUAACCAACAUGACUGUGACUAAUCAUUACCAACAUUUGCUCUCCUAUUCUUUUCCAGACUUUUUUGCAUUGUUAUUCCUGGGAAAUCAUUUCACCAAGAUACAGAUUAUGAAACUAAUUAUAAACUUCACUGAAAAUCCAGCCAUGACAAGAGAGCUGGUCAGUUGUAAAGUACCAUCAGAAUUGAUAUCCCUCUUUAAUAAAGAAUGGGAUAGAGAGAUUCUUCUUAAUAUCCUUACCCUUUUUGAGAAUAUAAAUGACAACAUAAAAAGCGAGGGGCUUGCAUCAUCCAGAAAAGAAUUCAGCAGAAGUUCACUCUUUUUCUUGUUCAAAGAAUCUGGAGUAUGUGUUAAGAAAAUCAGAGCAUUAGCAAAUCACAGUGAUCUGGUGGUGAAAGUAAAAGUUCUAAAAGUAUUAACCAAACUCUAAUUUGGAGUCUGCCCCCAAAAUUACUGUGGCAAUUUUUAAGUUUGCACUUGGGAACAAUGUGUUUUGUAAAUUCUUUGUUUUCACUGAUAUUACAAAAAUGCUUUCAGCUGCUAUUUUGGAAUAAUGAAUACAGCAGAUUAUCAACAGUGAUUGAUGCUGGAUUUAGACUGGACCAUUCUGAGGAUGCUAGAUGAGUAUUAGAGCUUGUACAAAGAAAGCACUUAUUGAUUUGAUCUUGAUACCUACAUUAUUUUUUACUCUGUAACUCUGUAUACAGUGAGUAUACAUCAUGAUUAGUUACACUUUUGUAUUGGUUUACAUUUGUUAAUCUACAACUUGUGUUUUAUCAAUAAAGUUGUGUGUUUUAAGCAGCA